AUGAAGCGUCAAGCGGUUUGUCAAUUGAGGAGGGCUGCGGCCUCUCCCAGACCCAUCCAACUCCCCCUCCAGAUCGCCCGAGCAUACUCGACUCAUCCGCCUCAAGCGCGUCUGAACAAACCUAUAGACUACUCGGAAACACAAUUACUAGCUCACAGCAGCAAAGGACCUGCUCUGGGUAAUUACAAUGAGAUCCCUCCCGAGGUACGAAACGGCGCCACGAGGAAGAUGAACCUGUUCCAGGCUAUCAACGAUGCUCUCGGAAUUGCGUUGGCUGAGGACGAUUCGGUCGUGGUAUUUGGCGAAGAUGUUGCCUUUGGAGGAGUAUUCCGAUGCACAAUGAAACUCGCGGAAACGUACGGGGCAGACCGCAUCUUCAACACACCUUUGACGGAGCAAGGUAUCAUGGGUUUUGGUAUCGGUCUGGCAGCACAGGGAAUGCGCCCUGUUGCUGAAAUCCAGUUCGCCGACUACGUCUUCCCAGCCUUUGAUCAAAUUGUCAAUGAGGGAGCUAAAUUGCGAUACCGGGAGGGCGCUACCGGAGUCCAUGCUGGCUCAUUGACAGUCCGUAUGCCGUGUGGUGGCGUUGGCCACGGUGGGCUGUACCACUCUCAAUCGCCCGAGAGUCUCUUCACCCAUGUCCCUGGAUUCCGAGUUGUCAUGCCCAGAUCACCCAUUCAAGCAAAGGGAUUAUUAUUAUCCGCAAUUCGAAGCAACGACCCCGUUCUCUUCAUGGAGCCCAAGAUCCUGUACCGAGCAGCCGUCGAGCAAGUACCAGAAGCUGCGUACGAGCUGCCGCUGUCCAAGGCUGAAGUCGUCAAGGAAGGCAAAGAUAUUACCAUUGUUUCCUACGGCCAGCCCAUGUACACCUGUUUGUCAGCCAUUCAGCGUGCUGAAGAAGACUUGGGCAUCUCUUGCGAGCUCAUUGAUUUAAGAACUGUGUAUCCUUGGGACAAGGAGACCGUCCUCGCAAGUGUUCGAAAGACUGGAAGAGUCCUUGUCGUUCACGAAGCAAUGGUGAACGCUGGUAUUGGCGCGGAGGUGGCUGCCGCUAUUCAGGAGGACCCUGAGACUUUCAUCAGACUGGAAGCUCCUGUGGGACGUGUUGCUGGCUGGAGCAUUCACAGCGCGCUGAUGUUUGAGAAGUUUAACAUUCCCGAUGUAGCACGGAUUUAUGACAAUAUCAAGAAGAGCCUCGAUUACUAA